GAGAGCAAAUGGGUGGACGGAAAGUCCCUGUGUGGAAAUCCCCUUGACUUUUUUUUUUCUCCCUUUUUUUUUUUUUAAACUAGCGCUUAGCGGACGAGGGUAGUCUUUCGGAAAGGCUUCUUCGAGCUGCGGAGGGCUCUGGAUUAUUAGACGCUAUAGUGGAGGGAAAAGAGAGGUUUGAAUGGCGCCGAGAGCCGCAGCGGUGAGGCUGAGUGAAGUGGCUGAGAGUGGACUAGCCUGAGCAUCCGGGAGGCUUUGUUAUCACCACCCCUCCUCUCCCCCCACGACAUAUUACACAGAUUUCACGUUGUCCCAUCAUCGUCGGCUAGCGUCUCCUCCUUUCCUCCUCGAUCCUCCUCCUCCCCGUCCUUCCAACGUCUCCCGUCCGCCAUGUCGCAGGGCCAGAACUUCCUCCCCAAGUUCCUGUUCGUCUCCAACCUGCUGAAAGCGGUGAAGAUCCGCCAGCGCGUGCCCAACGACGUGGUGAAGCCGGCUGCCAGCGGCGGCCUCAUGCACCACCUGCGAGGGAUGCACCGCUACACGCUGGAGAUGAUCGCCAUGAACCACUUCCCCCAGGCCUUCAGGGAGGUGGUGCAGGCCGCCAUCCUGGACCGGGCCAUGCAGGCCUCCCUGGAGCAGGAGAAGAAGCUCAACUGGUGCCGCGAGCUGAAGAAGAUGGUGCCGCUGCGCACCAAUGGAGACGGGAACUGCUUGUUGCACGCAGCCUCCCAGUACAUGCUCGGCGUCCAGGACACGGACCUGGUGCUGCGGAAAGCUCUCCACGGUGUCCUGAAAGAGACGGACACGGCCGUGUUCAAAGCCCGCUUCCAGGCGGAGCUGCUGCAGUCGCAGGAGUUCACCCAGACCGGACUCAGAUACACUACCAUGAACUGGGAGGACGAGUGGGACAAGAUUGUCAAGAUGGCGUCGCCGGUCUCCAGCAGCAACGGGCUCCAGUUUGACUCCCUGGAGGACAUCCACAUCUUCAUCCUGUCCAACAUUCUCCGCAGACCCAUUGUCGUCAUCGCAGACCAGGUGGUGAGGAGUAUGAAAUCUGGCUCCUCCAUCUCCCCUCUGAACGUGGGCGGGAUCUAUCUGCCUCUACACUGGCCGCCCACGGAGUGCUACAAAUACCCGCUAGUGCUUGGCUACGACUCCCAGCACUUCGCGCCCCUCAUCACCGUCAAAGACAGCGGUCCAGAGAUCCGAGCCGUUCCCCUGAUCAAUCCGAAGAGGGUGGGCUUCGAGGAGCUGAAGGUUCACUUCCUGAUGGAGAAGGAGCAGCCACAGAAGGAGCGGCUGCUCAACGACUACCUGCACCUCAUAGAGAUCCCCGUCAUCGGCCUAGGCCACGAAACCGCGUGGAUCAUGAAAGCUGCAAAGCUGGACGAGGGGAACCUUCCCGAAGACAUGAACCUGAUGGAGGACUACCUGCAGCUCGUCAACCACGAGUACCAGCGCUGGCAGGAGGACAAGGAGCAGGCCUGGGCCGCCCAGCCGCAGCGACCGCCGCCCUUUUCCGUCUCCCAGCUCUCCCUCAUCGAGAUCCGCUGCGCCACGCCCCGCUGCACCUUCUACGUCUCUGUGGACACGCAGCCUCACUGCCACGAGUGCUUCGAGAAGCGGCAGGCCACCACCGGAGGGGGCGCACGGAUAGAAGGGGUGGUUCAGACCAAGGGAGCAGGCGUGCAGGGCGGACUGGGGAUGAUGGGGGGAGCGGAGACGGAGGUGAGCUCCAGAGGAGCCCGCAGCAGCAGUCCUCCUUGCUCCUCCUCAGGGAGAGGGGUGGUGCUGUCAAGUCCGCGCUCGGCGCCGCCCACCGCGCCCAGCCUCAGCCUGUACAGCGAAACUCACGCCAUGAAGUGCAAAACACCCGGCUGCCUCUUCACCCUCAGCGUGGAGCACGACGGCCUUUGCGAGCGCUGCUUCAACGCCCGGCAGAACCACGGACCCCCGGGGGCCGGGACGGCCGCCGCCGGACUCCCGGGCCCCAACGGGGGGGCGCCUGUCGCUUCCAACCCGGCCCAAGGCUCUGGCUGGACCCAGUGGGGGGGCUGCGACGCAGAGACGGAGCGAUGCAGCAUGUGCAGGCAGGAGGUGGUCAGGAUAUUCAACGGCCUGUGUCCGCCGUGCAUGCAGCGGCAGCAGGCCCCGGAGAGGGGGGAGUCCCAGCAAGGCAACCACAGGACUGAGGCCUCGGCGUGGAGCCAGGCCAGAGACAAUGAGCAGCCCUGCCUCACCCUAACCCCAGCACACACGUCCGUCUGGCAGACUCCUCUGGCCCAGCGCUGUAAAAGAUCUGGCUGCCAGUUCUUUGGGACCCCGGAGAAAUUGGGUUUCUGCACUAUUUGCUACGUAGACUAUCAGACAAACCACCGCCUGACUCCUCCUCCUCCCGCCCCGGUGCAGAGCAGGCGCGGCCUGGAGCCGGGUUUCCAGAACGCCACACGGUGCCGGGGGUCCGGGUGCGGCGCGGUUGGCAAGGCGAUGCUGGAGGGCUACUGUGAUAAAUGCUACGUCAAGGAGCAAAGUGCGCGUCUCAAUCAAGUGGCACAUCGGACACCACACUCCCCUCCGCUGGUCAUGCGCGACCGGGCAGCUAAACCCAGAUCCUCGCAGCAGUCCCAGACCCAGACCCAGUGCCGGCGGAGCGGCUGCAGCAACGUGUCCCCGGGCUGCACGGACCUCUGCCCGGAGUGCCACACGCGCGGCCAGGGCAGGGAGGCGGGCAGGCGGGCGCAGGCGCCCAAGGAGAAGUCCAAGCAGAGGUGUCGGACGCAGGGCUGCGACCACUAUGCCAACCAGGAGAAACAGGGCUACUGCAACGAGUGCGACCACUUCAAACAGAUCUACCGCGGCUGAGCGCGCCGCAGCGACGACGACGACGACACAUCGGUAGCACGUUGGAGAGCCACCGCCCCUGCCGUGGGAUCCCCAUGCCAGUCAAUGCACCUCUGAUACUAACUAACCAACUAACUAACUAGCUAGUGACUAACUAGUAACCUUAUGGCCUGAAAAAUCAACCCCCUCUCUCAAUGUCGAAUGUGAAGAGAGAGUGUGUGUACGAGGGGGAGGGGGUGAGUGAGCGUGUGUGUGGUUUAUUUUAUUUGUUUUUUUUGUUUUUUUUAUUAGCUUUUUUUUUUUUUGCAGUAGACAUGGCCUCCAGAAUACCUCUUUGUGCAAUUAUUAUCAUCCGAUUCGCCGUGUGCUCUUACACGGCCAGAGGUUGGGCUCCAUGUCCGAGCAGCUGACUUCGCCCUUGUGUACAGUGUGUAUUUAGAGGUACGUAGGGAAUCGUGCCGGACAAAAUGAUUGUAUAUUGGCUCAACGAGAAGCAUCUGACAUUGCUUUAUAGACCACAGCCAAGGAUUUUUACCAUGUCUGUCUGUCUUAACCCAUCCGUGUAUCUGUCCGCCUGUCUGUCUGUCUGUCUGUCUGUCUAGCGUUUGCUGCGAGGGGCACGGCGGUUUCGGAAAGCCCAGCAAAGAAACCCCGCGGAAGUAAGAAGCAGAAGUGAGACGGACUGAGCGUGUUCCUCGCGCGUCUGCAGUCGAACGUCGUUUAUCUCGGCGACCCAAAAAAAUCCCUCAUUAGGCGAGAGGUUGGGGGACGUGGCAGGAGGAGCAGACAGCACGACCACCUUGAGUUAAAAUACGACGGUUUCGCACAAAAACGACGCAAAACAUUUCGGACGAAACGUGCAACAGGAUCGACUUGCUUUUGUUUAAAAAACGGACAAGCGGCAAUAAUUUCCGACAGCUGCUAAAAUACUAUAUUUAUAAUUAAAGUUAAGUAAAUGCUAUCUAUAAUAACGUUGUGAUGCGAGGCGUCUACGUCCUCUGGGGAGUGGGAUCUGAUUCCAGCAUUUUUAGCCUGGAUGGGUGUGAGAAGCGGGACAGAGAAGUGGGACAAUGUUGGCGUUUUCCCCCGACUUUAGGGUCACUAAACGGCGCGAGACAGACAGGGCAGGCCCCUGCUGGUUCUGGUGCUACAUGUGCAGAAACACGAGCCUUUCCCCAUAUUAGCCGACGCGCCGGUGUCAGCGGCCACAACAAACACAGAGCUCGCCCUCUUUACCAUUCCCGCUUUCCUUCCUCCACUUUUCCUCCUUCUCCCAAAAACGGAUACGUUGCCUUGGACAUUGCUUUCAUGUUUACUCACAAUCUUAAGCACCUAGAGACAUUCGCACGCACGCAGAUGUAGUACGGCCGCUCCUGACAGUGGGGGAUUGUUUUAAACGGACGACGGAAGGCGCGAGCGUCUGGAUGAUUUUUUUUCCGCCACACAUUUGCACACGCAAACAGGCGCGCUCCUGUGAGAUUGUAGGGGCGAGCGCGCGGCGACGUGUCUGGGAAUAGACCCCCUAAAGAAGGCACGUUGCUCUCCGGCUCCUGCUGGACACGCCGGCAAAUUUCCUUCAUCUGAAUGUGUUCCGCGCUGUUAUCAAGGCUUAUCCUUGAUACGUUUUGCCUUUAAGUAGUUCUUAAAUUUUAUGGACCAUAAAAAGAGGAGGAGGAGGAGGGGGGGCUGAUAUGUGAUGCAGAUCAGCCCCCCCCCCUUAAUCCUCCUUUUAAUACGCUUUUGUGAAUAUGGAACCUAGUCCAUAUUGUAGGACCUUCCAACCCGAUGCCUCAUUUUACAACACGAACAACGAGUGCACAGCUCUGUGCAUCUGGACGAUACACAAACAAAACUGACAUUUCUCUUUGCUUUUGUUGGUUUUGGAAGUUUUUAAUGUAUUUUGAUAAAUCUGUUAAUUUUCGUUUGUUUUGGAGUUUUUUUUUUUUUUUUUUUUUUGCCAAAAAGACAAAAACAGAAGAAAAAAAAAUGUGCCAUCAAAACAGUUGUUGUUACCUCCUUAAAACGGCCAGCCUGGGUUAUUCUAGACUAACUUGAAAGUGCCACAUAUAGACAUCUUCAAUUCUGUGAACCCCCCCCUCCCAAACCAACCAACCACCUUCUUUCCAUGAAUGUCUGUUCGGUUUGAACAGUGAGAAACCUGCAUCUGCACAGAUAACCUGAAGCGCAAAACACGUCCGACCGACCGACCUCAAGUGUGAGAUCAGCCGCUGCCAAACGCCCACUCCUCUGUAGAUGUCCAUCUGUGGCUUUAGUGUAGAAAUGACAACCAGGCUCCCGGUCUGCCUUUUUCAUUCAACUGUAACCGAAGCUGUCGGGUCAGCCCCCACACGCUGACGGCCUGGGCGUAGAACUCUGUGUGCUUUAAUCACCUCUAGACGAACCUUAAUCAAUUAAAGGCCAAUUAGUGGUCAGCUCAUCGGGACCCACCCUAACAUGUUUUUUGGAGGUGGGUUCUGACAGAUUUCUUUCUUUCUUUUUUUUUUAUUUUAUUUAUUUUUUUUGCCUGGGAGGAGAUCAUAUAAAUUGCACAUAAUUUGUCUAAGCUGCUGAGGCAUUUAGGACUUGUCUAGGGACAUUCCACCGGUGGAGAAAGCAUUGGCUUAAGAGCAGAAGGUGUAACAAAACAUGCAAAUGGUUUGGAAGUUUCUUUCGACAGUAGGGUAAUGUAUGAAAAAAAAAAAAGCCUGGUUUUAUUUGUUAAGUAUUUAUUCAUAUCAAAAUAUCUGUAUUGUGUGAUUCAAUAAUUAUUUAUAUGUUGUGAAAAUAUGAAUUAUUUUUACUAAGAA